CAGCUGUGCGCCCUCCGUGCGUCACGACGCCGCGCCGCAGACACUCAGACAGCAGCGAGGAGGAAAGAUGUCCGGGAUCACGCUGCUGCUGCUGUCGGUCCUCCUGAGCUGGAGCCUGCGGAGCGGGGCCGUGAUCCUGCGGGACUCCCUGGAGCGGGGCCCGGUCAGCCUGAACGACAUGUUCCGGGAGGUGGAGGAGCUGAUGGAGGACACGCAGCACAUUCUGGACGAGGCGGUGGAGCAGAUAACGACAGAGAGCGCAAAGUCUUCGUCCUCCUUGCUGGAUCUGCGUCCAAACUUCCACAACAUGACAAAGAAGGUGAUAAAAGACGGGGACAGAACGGUUCAGGUUCUGGAUAGAACCGAUCAGGAAACUAAUAACCAAACAGGAGAAAGUCAUCUCUCUCACAUCCACAUGGAGAUCUCUGGACAGUGGAACAGCGUCAAUCACGAGUGUAUGGUGGAUGAGGACUGUGGCGACCUCAGAUACUGCCUGUAUGAAAUCGAGAACUCCAAGUGUCUCCCGUGUAUACCGACGGACAUGCCGUGCACGAAGGACGAGGAGUGCUGCUCAGAUCAGCUGUGUGUUUGGGGUCAGUGUACCGUCAACGCAACCAGAGGAACCGAAGGAACCAUCUGUCAGAGUCAGAGCGACUGCAGGCCGGAGCUCUGCUGCGCCUUCCAGAGAGAACUUCUGUUUCCGGUCUGUAACCCCAAACCGGGUCGAGGCGAGUCCUGUCUGAACAGCCCGAACCUGCUCAUGGACAUGUUGGCCUGGAACCAGGAGGAACCAGGAGACCACUGCCCCUGUUCAGAGGGGCUGCAGUGUCUGCCGCACAGCCGAGGCUCAGUGUGCGAGGAGUGACGCCGCCGGAUCAAUAUCUCCAAAGAUCAAGGAGCUGCCGAUCGAUCGGUUCAUCACAGAACGACAUCACUGUUUUAUUUAUGCUUUAUUGCCGACAUGUAUCACGUCUCACACAGGAAAUAAAAGUUUUUAGUUUGAACCGA